UUCUUUUUUCUGAGUUCGGGGAAGACGCGAAGGAUGAAGCUGCUAGCUGUUUACAUUUAGCAUUCAGGGUUGUUGUUUUUUAAAUCAGCCCUCACAAGUAACACAGAUUGACACAAUGAGGUUUGCGACGGUGCUCUUUCUUUUCACGCUGGGGUAUGUGUGUGGACAAGCUACAGCAGAGAGAAAACUCGUUUAUGUGACUGUGCUGUUUCGCCAUGGAGACCGAUCGCCCAUCAAAGCCUACCCCACAGACCCAUACCAAGAGAGUGACUGGCCACAAGGCUUUGGGCAGCUGUCCCAGGAAGGGAUGCGGCAGCACUUUGAGUUGGGUCACUUUCUGAGGAAGCGAUACAAUGGCUUCCUCAAUGAAUCAUACAACAGACACGAGAUCUUUGUUCGCAGUACAGACUAUGAUCGCACUUUGAUGAGCGCUGAGGCCAACCUGGCAGGUCUCUAUCCCCCCAGUGGUCAGCAGGUAUUUGACCCUAACCUGAAGUGGCAGCCAAUUCCUGUCCACACCUUGCCAAAAAGUGAAGAGAAGCUUCUCUCAUUUCCUCUGGAUGACUGUCCUCGGUACAGACAGCUGAUGAGUGAAACUGAACACGCAGAGGAAUUUGUUAAUAUGACCAUUAAAUACCAGGACAUUAUUGAGCUUGUGGGGGAUAAAACUGGACUGAAUGUUACCAGUGUGGAAUCAAUCUGGAGUGUGUAUGACACACUCUUCUGUGAGUCCCGUCAUAACAUGUCAGCUCCCGACUGGGUGACUCCUAAAGUAUUGCAAAGACUCAAAGUGCUCAAAGACUUUGAAAUUAAGGCGAUAUUUGGAGUCUACAAACAACAAGAAAAGAGUCGUCUGCAGGGAGGCCUCCUGUUGGGUGAAAUAGUGAAGAAUCUUACCAAGAUGGCCACCCCAGACCCGGAACAGCAGCUGAAACUGAUGAUGCUGUCUGCGCAUGACUCCACCAUCGCUGCUCUUCAUAUGAGCUUAGAUGUGUAUAAUGGGAGGCAGCCACCAUACGCUUCCUGUCAAAUAUUUGAACUGUACAGAGAGGACAAUGGCUCUGUUUCAGUGUCCAUGUUUUACCGCAAUGACAGCACAGUGGAUCCCUACUCACAGCAGUUGCCAGGCUGCUCCCUUGACUGCCCCCUGGAGGACUUUGUGAGGAUUACAAGGCCCUGGAUUUCAGACGACAGGGAUAAAGAGUGUCAAGUGCCUUCCAAUGGGACAAAUAAAGAGCUCAUCAUCAGUCUGUUGGUGUCCAGCUGUCUUCUCUUCAUCCUCAUCAUUGUCCUCCUUGGAGUAAUUUGCUCACAUAAAUCACCAAUCAGGGCACUGGGAUACCAACAUGUGAUCAACGAGGAGGUCGCAGAUGGGUCCUGACAAAAGCAUAAGCUCCGCCCUUGGCGAGCUCCAAGUCGAGUCCUGUGGGACAGCACAGAUGAUGAUGAUCUGUAAACGUCCUCUUUCUGAGGUCAUUGUCUUCUCUGGUCCUAAAAUGAUUUUACAAUGAACGUUUGGCCCAUAAUUCAGAUUUUUAAGUGGAAGAUCCACCCUGACCUAACACAUUAAGUGAUGAGUGAGGAAAUUGAAGAAAACAGAAGGGAAAACGUCAGUAAUCAAAUGUGACCUUUGUGUUCUGACACGGUCCAGUCUCCAUUCACGAGUGCAAGUGAACAACAAAUAUGACUUCUUUAUUCCUGCUUGGAAAGAUUGUCUGUGCUUUUUAAACUGUUUUCAGAUGAAGAUUUUAAGUCUUUUUUUCUUUUUUCUUCUACCUGAUGAUUGAAGGUCCAAGUUUUUUUGUUUUAAACUAUUAAUUUGUGUGUGAAUGCAAGUGUGUUGCAGAGAAACUUGUGGACCUGUGUGCUUGUGAGUGUGACUGAUUAUGUGUUUUAACCUAAUGACCAAGAUGCCUUAAAUAGUAUGAUGGUUAUCAAGUAACAUCAGAUGUAUUUCAUGCAGGAUAGUGUUCACACACUUAUUUUACCUCGACAGCCUUGGCUGAUUUUGAGACACUAGGUGAUUAUAAGUGCUCUUUUUUAUUUUCAUUUAUUAUGAUGAUUUGAAAACACUGGAAAACCUUUUUUUUUUUUUUUUUAAGUUGGCUUUGAAUAAUCUGAAAAAAUAAAUCAUUUCCUUUUACAAAUACA